AUGGAUAUUGUAGAACAUUUGGCGCCAUUGCGUCCUCUUGCUCUAAUCAUCUUGCUUGCAUUACAUACAAAGGCUCUUGUGCUACAUGGUCCGUCUCCAUCCUCGCUCAAUACUCCUCGAGUCAUAUCGCGUGCUGAGCAGGCUGCUACCCUGGAGUCGUACACAGGAAUUGGAACCCCUCCUGUUGUCCAAGGUUGGCAAUUGUUAACCACCAAUCUACCACUCCAGUACACGCCAACAGGAUCCCACACUACCCUCCAGCUUACCCUGAAAGACAACAAGGCUCAGAAUAUUGAUCCAUCCAUGAUCUACAACUUGGCUGUACUGGGUCUGGCAGAUAUUGCAAGUUCGACUGUUACGCAUAAUGGAAACAAGAACCUUCCGCGUUCAGGCCAAAAACCCUCGACCUUUGCGACCUCAUAUCCACCUUCGAAUCUUCAGUUCAUGAUGACUGCAUCGGAUGAUCUGCCUGUUUAUUCAGUGGCAGACGUUCUGAGGGGUAUGCAGGAGUUGACUCAUCACCUUUACUUCUUGGAGUUGACCUUCGAGGUCUUCAGUGACAUAAGUAAGACAAGUUCUCCACUCGCGAGUGGAUGUCUGGCGUUCCACUGUGGCUCUCAAGACGAAAGCAUGAAUACUAGAGAUUUAGAGUUUGCCAACUCCUCCGCCGCCAAUGCUUCAACUGCACCGUCGAGACAACUCCAACAGCUAACGACCUUUGACGAACUCGACGCCGUAGCUGUGACCUACUAUGACCUCAAGAGCCCCUUUCCCGUACAUGAUCAGAGCUUUGCAGAUAUCGCCACUCGCAUGCUCGCCGAUAUUACAAACCUCAUCAUUGCCUACCACGGUGAUGGCCUGCUCCCUUUCUAUGGCUCCGGCAAUAAACACCUUCUUCGCUACGUGGAUACGUGGGGAUCAAAUCUGACGAUCUCCCUUCUUCCGUUGAACCUCAUGAGAGUCAACUUCACUCUCGGUCAAGCCGCCAUGGCUCUGAAAACUACACAAAAAAGAUUGCAGAACGGACCCAUGAUGGAAUCAAAAUUGGAGAUUAUGGUGGAUGACUCCAUGGUCGGUUGGGGCUGUUUGAGCUACGCAAACGCGAGUGCUUGGCGGUGCGUGAUGUUGACGUGA